GCUGUCACGCUGUCGGCCAUAUUACUCGGUCGCGGCGGUCGCCGAUCGCAGAUGGCUACGUAAAAGUCAACAACCGGUUUUCGCGGUGUAAUAGAAACGCGGAUUUCAUCACGAUUGGGAUAAUCGUCGCGUCGUCAUCGAUUCUCUUCGUUCUCUCUCUUUUUUUUUUUUCGUCGCGAAACAGUAGCCACGAUCGUUCUCUCUCCUUCGAUCUAUCGCGCCUCUCCUUCGGCUGCCGCCUCUUCGUCGUCUCGUUGCCCAGUGACGUAUUCAGCGACUCGUUGCCGAAGAUGAGCGCGAACAAUGUGCAAGCGCUCUUCGCGUGCUCCCGGUGCUUCUCCAGGCAUCCCUUCGAAGAUCUCUCGCCCGGACAACAAUUGUGCAAGGAAUGCAGAGGAGCAUUUCCCGUGGUAAAAUGUACAUACUGCAGAUCAGAAUUCCAACAAACUAUAAAGGGCAAUACGAGCACUAUAUGUAAAAAGUGCGAGCAAAAUGUAAAAUCUUAUGGGAAGCCGUCAGCUUGCGAGUACUGCAAUACCAUAGCUGCAUUUAUUGGUAGCAAAUGCCAACGGUGUACGAACUCGGAGAAACGCUAUGGACCACCAGUUACAUGCGAACAAUGCAAGCAGAAGUGUGCCUUUGAUAGACAGGACGAGGAUAAAAAGGUAGAUGGCAAGUUAUUGUGUUGGCUCUGUACAUUGUCGUAUAAACGAGCAUUGGCAAAGACAAAGCAAUCAGAUGCAGAGAGAAGGGCGCAUAUGAAAAUGGCACAACAACGGGCUGCAAAACACAAAGAACAAAAGUUAAAAGGCCACAAUAAAAGACCGCACAGAGUCGAUGUGACGAAGUUGCCGCCGCAAUCUGAGGGCGGAGACACGAAUGGUCCCACUCCCGUGAAAGCGGCGCGGAUGGUUGGAAUGCACGAUCCGCACGAUCCAAACAGUUCGGAUCACGUUGUGGCGGUUACGCAACUCAAAGAAAAGAUAGCGCAUCUUCAAAAGCAAAUUAGUAUAAAAGACAGUCAAUUACUAGCAAAAGAUAGACAAAUUACCGAACUUAAGGCGAAAAAUUUCACAUCCGAGACCGAGCUGCGCAAUAAAAUGAAAGCAUCGGAAAAGGAAUAUGAAGCGAAAAUUUCUAAUAUGCAGCAUAAGAUAUCUAGUUUGCUGAAGGAAGUAGCGUCGUUAUCGAAAACUUCUAAGCGAGGUGAUCGGGUGGCCGCUACCAAGACAGAAGCUGGGACCAACAGUGGGAGUGGAACAGACAGUCCUGUACCUUGAUAAGCUGGUGUGAAGUGAGUCCCGUUUCUCGUAUUGUUUCCAGGGAAUUGAUUAACUGACAACCUACUCGAAUGUCCAUACCCGCAUAAAUCACACAUGUGGUACAUUACGCAUAUAGUUAAUUGUUUCCAUUAACAGGGCGAAAUCGUAUUAUUUUUCUAAUUACUAUAGAAUUGUAUAUUAUAUUCUCUCACAAUAUGUGUACUGGAAAAAAGACUUACUCGCAUCUCCAUUUAGGGGAGAUCAAUGAUGCAAGUGCAAAAUUUAUAUGUAACAAUUUAGAUAGCUUCCUUUUCUUUUAUUUUUCGACAACUGCAAGCCUUGCACGGCUGCAGUUUGCCAACAGUAUCAGUUUUUAUGGCGAAAAAUUAGCAAAAUUUGAAUCUUAAAGAAAACAAAUUAUUAAAUGAUCUUGUUUUAUGGCACGAAAUUAUGAAAGAUUUCGGGCUCGCAUCGACAAAUUCGAAUCGAUGGAUUGCACGUAUGUAUAUACAUACAUAUGUGUGGAUAUAAUAAGUGACACGCAUGCGCGGAUAACGUUGCUGUGGCAUUUUAUUAUUUAUAAUAAUGAUGUAACAGCGAUGAAUCAGGAUAUGGUGAUUGUAGAUCAAUUUACAAUAAAAAUUUGGAAACCAA